UGAACUCAAUGCGUGUUGUCACCCCUGUCGCGGCGCCCGAGUGUCGCGGGCACUUGUUGCGUCGUCGCGCCGCGCAGCUGUGUCGCGCGCGUGUUCCAGCUGCCGACACAGUGUCUCGUCCCACUACGCCACUCCAUCUGCAGGUACCACGCUCGUAACAAUGUAGGCAUGCUACAGGACAGUUGCACGUUAUAACUUUGAUCAUAUUUAACAUUGGUGGUUUCAUCAUCAGUGUUGCAUCCCAGCGCUGCGAGGAACAGAUGUUCCUCUGUGAGGGGACACGCGCGACACAGUGUCGGCGCGGUGCGGCGGCGUGUCACGCUGGCGCCGCGCCGACACUCUCACGUUAUCGGCGCGACGGAGAUCAUCUCUCGGCUGUUCACGCUCACCUCUCGCGCUUCAUACAAUUUGUUUGAUGAGUUCUGGCGACACUGACAUGUGAGUGCAGUGGGUGUCGGCCUGGCAGCCGCGGGUGCUCACCACGGGUGUCUGAGACCCGCUAGACCUGCCUCUGGUUCGUGAUCCGGUCAUCUGAAGGAAUGAGUCAUUGACCUCUACUCAUCUAAGGGGUAAGUUAUAUAUGGGUUUGAUAAAUCGAAUCAUUAUUUCGUGACGCUAUCUGGGUAAUUACACAGAUCAUAGUAUAAUCAUAUUAUGUUGCUUACUGAGCAAAACUGGCUUUAAGCUAACAGACAAUGUGCUUCAAGACUUGUUCAAACGUUUACACUCCUUUGUCAUAAUUUGAUUAGUGUUGAUGUGAUGGCAGCUAUAGAUGAGUCAGCGCGCGCUAAUCUGUAUGUGUUCACAUUGUAAUCAGAUUAAGAGCAGCAUGUAACGCACUGGCUUAUCUACGCUGUGCUGUAAGUAGUGCCAGUGAGAAGUGCUGCUAACACGAGAUCAAAUACAAGUGUUCUUAGCUUUAUCAUAAUUUAUUUAAAAAUAACAAAUAUACAAACAAUGCAAACUAUUUAACAUAAUCACAUUUAAUAAAACCAUAGCGAAUUUACUGAGAUUGCACUAAAGCACGUCUAUACAGCCUGUCACGUAUUUCGUUUAUCAUACGUAUUGUAGUAUGUGUGUACUAUACAAGUUGUGUAUGAGUAAUUGCUAAACAAUACAGAUAAUUUCAAAUGUAUACUUAAUAAUUAUAAAUGAUGUAUGACUCAUGUUUAGUGAUACUGUUGAUCAUCCGUACGCUCCCGUAGCGGUGCUACGCUGAUGUAGCGGUGCUACGUCGUAGCGGCGUAGCGCGGUGCGAGCAUGGGCGCGCCGGCGGGGGUGCCGAAGGGCGCGCGGCGGCCGAGCCACGUGGCGUACUACGUGGCGCUGGUGGGCAUCCUGUCGCUGCUGGUGAUGCUGUGCCUCUACUUCUGCUACUACUUCGUCAAGAAGGUCCGCGAGCUGAGCUCCGCGGAGACGCUGUCGCUGCCGGGCGCGUCGUGCCGCCCGCCGCCCGCGCCCGCCUACCCCGUGCAGCCAGUGGUGCGGGACAGCGCGAGCGCGAUGGCCAAGCUGUGCAAGCAGGUGCCGGGCGGCGGCUACACCGUGUUCCCCGCCGCCACCUCGCCCGCCGCCCUGCGCGCCAGCACCGGCGAGCCCGACCCGCGGGGGCCCGCGCCGGGGCCCGACGUGCCGCCCGCGCCGGGGCCCGAGCCCGAGCCGCGGCCCCGCGCGCCCGACGCCGGCGCCGCCGAGCCGCGCCCCGACAAGCCGCCGCCCGCGCUGUCCGUCACCGCCGCGUCCGACGCGCUCGCGCGGUAA